AUGCUCACAGCAGUAACAAAUGCAACGGGACAUUCGGCUGGUGCAAAACUGAGGUGCUUGUACACGAAUGCCCAAAGCCUCAUAUCGAAACUAGACGAGCUAAAACUUUGCCUUGCCGAGCUGUCUCCAGAUGUUUUAGCAGUAACUGAGACCUGGCUGUCCGGGAAUAUUAGCGAUAACGAAGUAGCCUCGCCUGGAUACCAAAUUUAUCGGAGGGACUGGGAACAUCAUCAGGGUGGUGGUAUCGUUGUGUAUGCGAAUGAAGGUCUGGCAGUGUCGGAAAACACCACCAAGUUUGCGUGCAGUACGGAAGCUAUCUGGUUGACCAUCAAGGCUACCGGUUCCCCGUGUCUCGAUGUCCUCACUGUCUACCGACCACCUAGAACAGACCAUAUCGCCGACACUCAACUCUUGGAGCAGUUGGAGAAAUUUUCCAGUCGACCUAACAUCAUGAUCAUGGGCGACUUCAACGCACCAGGAACAAACUGGAAUACCCUCCAAGCGUCAUGUCCAAAAUCGGCAUUCGAUUACCGCCUGUUGAGCAAAACAUUAAAUGCGUGCCUCACACAACAUGUAAUGUUCCCAACGAGAACACGUGAAGGACACAUGGCAAACUGCCUGGAUCUGGUCUUUGUGAAAACACCAAACAGCAUAGACGAGCUCACCUCCAUGUCGUCCCUUGACAGAAGUGACCACGUAGUGCUUAUGUGAAUUAUUCGUUAUUCUCCAUUUCACAUACUCCAGACCACAAAAGACGUAAUGUUUGGCGGGGCGACUUCAAUCAGAUGAGGGCAAACUUAUCCGGUCUCGACUGGGGUUCAUUGUUUACAGUAAAUGCCAACGAUGACUGGGAGCUGUUGAAGAAUGUCCUUCUGCAGCUCAUCAACAACCACUGCCCACUGACUAGUCUAAGACUGAACAAACGCCCUGGGUUGCUAAAUAGCAACCUUAAGAAAGAAAUCAACAGGAAGCACAAUUUGUGGAGAAAAUACUGCGUCACUAGACAAGCUGAAUGCUUCAACACCUACAAGACACAGAGGAACAAACUGAGGAAGCUGAUAAUGCAGACUCGGCGGGAAUUCGAGAAGAACUUGCUACAAAAAGCAACGCAGAACCCAAAAUUGCUCUACAGCUACCUCUGACGAAGUACAAGGAACAGGCAUCAAAUCCCUUUGAUAAAAACUACUGAUGGCGAUGAGAUCGCUGAUAGUAGGGAUAAAGCUGCGUAUUUUUCACGGUUUUUCCAAUCAGUCUACACAAACGAGGCAAGGUUCCUUCCUCCCUCCACAGAAGAACUGCCGACUCCAAGCGUCAGUGAUGUACUCUUCUCAGAAGGCAUUGUCCGAAUAGAAUUAGAGGCAUUGAACGAAUCGAAGUCGCCGGGACAAGACGAGAUUCCAUCCAAGCUUCUGAAGGAGCUUGCCGGUAAGCUCUCUGUGCCUUUGUCGAUGCUCUUUCAAACGUCAUUUGACACUGGAACACUUCCUGUCGAUUGGAAUCUGGCGCAUAUUACUCCGCUACACAAAGGAGGUAACAUGGCAGCGACGACAAAUUACCGGCCCAUAAGCUUGACAUGCAUUCUCUGCAAAGUUAUGGAAAGGAUCAUAAAGAGUGAACUGAUGCAAUUCCUGGAAGUUCACGGCCUGCUAUCGAAAUGCCAACAUGGAUUCCGAAAAGGAAGAUCCUGCACGACAAACCUGCUGCAAUCUCUCCAGUGCUGGACCCAAGCUCUCGACGACAGGCAGGCGGUCCACAUAGCCUUCAUCGACUUCCAGAAGGCUUUCGACACUGUGCCACACCAAAGACUCUUACAUUAGCUGAAAAAAAUAGGGAUCGGUGGCAACUUCCUUAAAUGGAUCGAAAACUUCCUUGUGGGUCGACACCAGGUUGUGUGCGUCGGUCGGGGAAAAUCAGAUCCGGCUAUGGUCGAUAGUGGUGUCCCCCAGGGUUCAGUUCUGGGACCCAUUUUGUUCCUUAUCUACGUGGACGAUGCCGCAAGAGAUUUAGACUGUGAAGUAGCAAUGUUUGCGGAUGACAUGAAGAUAUGGAGUGUAAUUCGGGGUCCUGCCGACGAAGACAGACUGCAGAUGAACCUGAAUCGGUUGGAGGAGUGGUCAAGCCGUUGGCUCCUGCGGUUCAACGUUGCCAAAUGUAGCAUACUUCGCCUAGGCAACACAGCCAGAUCCACCAGCACAAGAGGCUACUUUCUGGGCGGUGCAGCCCUACAAGAGGUCGAAGCCCAAAAGGACCUCGGUGUGCUUACGACGAGUUGCCUAAAACCAUCCGCCCACUGUUCGAGAGUGGCAAAAACCGCAAUGUCCGUACUGUACGUCAUCAAGCGUGCGUUUAUGGACUUUGACGAAGAAGCUUUCUCUAAGACAUUCGGAACAUUCGUCUGGCCGCAUUUAGAGUACGGCAUACAAGCUUGGAGGCCGUGGGCUGUUGAGGAUCAAAACUGCCUCGAAAGAGUCCAGAGGAGAGCCACGAAGAUGGUUAGGGGUCAAAGCUCCUUUCCUUAUGCAACCCGCCUAGUAAAUCUGAACCUCUUUCCUUUUAGUUACAGGCAACUUCGCGGAGAUCUCUUGCAAGCCUUCCGCAUUGUAAAGGGGUUGGAUUGCAGUCUGGCCUUCGAGGACUUUUUUGAAUUUGCUACCACGGCCAAUCUCCGCGGUCACCCGUUAAAACUGCGCAAACAGCAGGCACGGCUGGAUGUGCGGAAGUUCUCCUUCUCGGUUCGGGUGGUCAAACCAUGGAAUGAGCUUCCCGCAGAUGUUGUGAUAUCACUAUCUAUACAAAUUUUUAAGAAGAAUCUGGACAUAUUUAUGUUCCGAAAUGACCAAUAG